AUGAAAGAGGCUGGAAAUGCAAGGCGACUCCAAUUGAAUGAAUUGGAUGAGAUGAGGAUUGAUGCUUAUGAGAGUGCACGGAUUUACAAGGAAAAGACGAAGGAAUUUCAUGACAAAGCCAUUCAAAGGAAGACCUUUGAAAUAGGGCAGAAAGUCUUGCUCUUCAAUUCAGGCCUCUGGCUAUUCUCAGUUGAGAUUCAAAAUGACAAGACGGGAAACAUAUUCAAAGAGAACAAACAUCACUUGAAGCCAUACUAUGAAUCGUUUGAGCUUGGAAAAGGGAGCAUGCACGUGGAUGCACCACCCCCAUCUAUUGUUUAA